ACUGUAUUUUGCUCUUUUUAAACUUUAGAAAGAGCUAGUUAUCCUUUAAAUCUAAGGACAGAGAGGUAAAAUACAAUAAAUGAUUUGAAGAAAUAACAUUAUGACAUCUCCUAAUGAGUUUCUGAACAUAGUAAAGAAUAAAGAAAGGUUAGAAUUGCUGACAGCAGUUCAAGGAUUCAGCUCAGAUGAAGAAUUGAUUAAGGAACUGUUUGAUAUUAUUGAAAACAAUCAUGCAUCCACUGUUGCAGACUGUGUAUGUGAGGCAUUAUUCAACAUUUACUCAACACAGCAACAAGACUGCGUCGUAUUCUGCAUGCAGUUUAUACCAGCACUACUAUGGGCGUAUUAUAGUUGUCUGUCAAGAAAAGUGAAAUGGAACGUAAGUAAAAUUGAAGUGCUCCUGCUUCUAAUUUACAAUGAGGUCGUACAAGAAAACAAUGAAGCAGCUAGAUCAUUUUGUAUACCCACACUGUCAAAAGCCUCAGUUUAUCACGAGCCAUAUACGUCGUUCGGGAGCACACUAACGUUGACUGAAAAUGCGCUGAGUCAGCAUGAGAAGUCUGACAUACCUAUUCCUGUACAAGGUCCAAAUAAAUAUCUAGACAGAAUUCCUGCUGGUUACAGGUCAUUGGUUACAAAAACUGUUCUCCAUCAAUACAAUGUUUAUAUAUCCUGUUUUUCUCCUGCAUCACUGAUUUCACACUGUAACAUGAUAUGCAGGUUGAGUAAAUGUGGCUACAAAUAUGUGGAGUCAGACUACAAACAUAUUUCAAAGGAGCACAUUAAAUUACUGCAGAGUUACCCAAAAGUCAAUUUAAAUUACCACGUGAUCAAUGAGAUGGUCAUAUCACUUCAUUUUAUUAGUUAUAAUGGAUUGAUGGAAGACGCAGUUACAGUGUUAAGAGAACUACAUCAAAAAGCAACUUACACGUUGUGUUCUGCUGGGAUCCUGAGUACACAGUCACUGUUAAACUUAAUUGACUUGUCAACUAAAGCGGAAGCAACGUUUGAUAUCUUGUCACCAGUCAAUCCAAAAAAUUCAACUUACAGGGGUCAAAUAAAAUUAGCGAAUUUACCUCCGAAAAUUUAUCGAACCACAACUCCGCCGCCCUCAUUAAACAUAUCAGUAAUAUCACCGGAACCGAAAGUAUCAUCGAACAAGCAAGCACCAAUCGCUAAAAUCGACGACAUAAACAUCCAAUUGGAUAAAAAAAUGAUUUCAGCGAUUGAUAUUGACAAUGUUUCACCUGCUAUAUCACCUGUUGCCAUGACAGCGUCACCAAAAGGAAACCGUGGCGUAGACGAAACUGAUAUCCCAGGAAACAUUAAAAUUUCUCUCACCUCUGCAGAGGGAAAUUCAAAAAACUUACGUUAUAUUGAAAAAGAAUUAAUAGAAUAUACUAAAAACAAUGACAAAACGCCGCUUAUCAACGGCGGUGAAGAAAGUGACAAUGGUGUUCCAGUUGCCAAAACUUCUCUAAUGAGGGGAUCGGCAGAAAACUUGCAGAAAACACUUCAUUCUACAGUGGAAACAAAAAUGUAAAUAGCUAAUUUUAAAUAUUCAAAUUAUUAUUUUUAUUAACAUUAGGUAGCACAUUGUCGGGGGA